GAGACAACAAACAAGAUGGCGGAGAAGAGAGGAGCGAGGAUUGACGAUACACUUACAUCAAAGUCAGAAAGAAAUGAAAAUCCUGCUGAUUAUCUAGGAAGAGUUGGAGUUACGAGACAAAUACAAGAAGUGCUCACGAUCCUAUUAGACAAUGAGCCGGACAAUCCCAUAGCUUUCAUUGCCAAAUACUUUGCCAAUGCUGCUGAACAUGUAUCAAGUGUAAGUCAGGCUUACCAAUACCUCUGUUUGAGUCACCAUAGUCAAGUAUCGUAUCAAAACAACUUGUUAAAAGCGUACAAGUUAUUAAACAGACAAUCGAUCGGACAUGGAUUGAAAGGCCUGACUGGAAAAAAAUACAACGAACUUCUAUCUCUGAUUUGCAGGGACUCCAUAACAAAAGAAACAGCAAGUUUAUUACAAUUGCUACAAAAACGAGAACAAAACAUCGUUAACUUUAAUAUGUUCAACUCAGGGGUUACUUGUUGCUUUAUAUUUCAAGAUUUUAUUUUGGAAGCCAAGUCACUUUUUGACGAGUUAGCUUUAUCAGAGAAAGAUCAAGCUGACUACUCAUUAUGUAAAGCAAUGCUAACUCAGUUGGAGACCAGUGUUUCAAAAGGGAAAGAAAGCUCUACUUUAUGUAUUCUUGAAGCUGGUUUGUUUCUUAGCAAACAAAAUAUUAGUAUCGAAAUCAACAAGACAUUAAAUGAAAGUGUUUCUGGUGAAAUAAUGACCUUGGAUGAGUUUGUUCAUGAAGCAUGUAUGAUUUUCUUAUCAAAGAUUUCUGUCAAAGUGUAAUGGUCAGAAGACAGACACUGCUAUGAAAGACAUCACUGUAAAUAACGACUACUUUCAACAAACCUGCUUAAUAUGGAUGUUAGCUUAUUUCAUGUCUUCGAUAUACUUCAAAGAUUACUGUAACAUUUACCUUUUAUUGCAACAUUCAAUCCUUUGUUGUAAAUGAUAAACCUGAUUAUGGUACAGUUAGAAUUAUCACAUUGAUUACUUUAACUAGAUGAAA